CAGCGGACACCUCUCUCUCCCUGCAUCAGCAUUAAUAACAGCUCCUCCGGAAACGUGCUCGCAUUUAAAGCUGCCCAUUUUUGGAGCGCUUCCAUUUGGGUCUGAGCGCACUCUACACGCGGGCUCCUGGAGGCGGAUCUGCUGCUCCCGUCGUGCGCGCUGUCCAGUGCUGAAGUUGCAUUUCGUCUGUACGGAACGGCUCGUGAACAGCUCCGGAGCUUCCGCGUCUUUCCCCGCACUCAGGUGUUUCACUUUCAGCCCUGCUGGACCAACUCUUCUAUUUUGCUGUGGAUAAAGCGAGGAUAACGUGCUGGAAGAGGCUUUCCGCUCUGCGCUCUAAACAUGCCAAGGUCUUUUUUGGUGAAAAAGGUGAAGCUAGAUGAUUUCUCAUCCACUGAACUUGAGAGCGCGUACGGCAGGUCCAGGACUGAUCUUAGCUUUCGGAUACACGACAAAGGCUACAUCAGUGACUACAUCUCCCCAUCCGUUUAUGAUGGAGAAAUUGACGGUGGCACUAAAGUACCUUCUCCAGGACCGAUUUAUGACAGCAACCACAGUGACUAUGGGGCACCUGACUUGGACCAGCCUGACAGCCCACAGUCAGAGAUCACGUCCGGGUACAUCAAUGGCGACAACGCAGUGAGCGAAGGUUACACUGUGGAUGCGUUCUUCAUCACAGAUGGCAGGUCCCGUCGGAAAGUGCUUGGUGGCUCGCCGACCCUCCAGCGGCACACGUGCAACGAAUGUGGCAAAACCUACCGUGCUGGAAGAGGCUUUCCGCUCUGCGCUCUAAACAUGCCAAGGUCUUUUUUGGUGAAAAAGGUGAAGCUAGAUGAUUUCUCAUCCACUGAACUUGAGAGCGCGUACGGCAGGUCCAGGACUGAUCUUAGCUUUCGGAUACACGACAAAGGCUACAUCAGUGACUACAUCUCCCCAUCCGUUUAUGAUGGAGAAAUUGACGGUGGCACUAAAGUACCUUCUCCAGGACCGAUUUAUGACAGCAACCACAGUGACUAUGGGGCACCUGACUUGGACCAGCCUGACAGCCCACAGUCAGAGAUCACGUCCGGGUACAUCAAUGGCGACAACGCAGUGAGCGAAGGUUACACUGUGGAUGCGUUCUUCAUCACAGAUGGCAGGUCCCGUCGGAAAGUGCUUGGUGGCUCGCCGACCCUCCAGCGGCACACGUGCAACGAAUGUGGCAAAACCUACGCAACGUCUUCCAACCUGAGCAGGCACAAACAGACACACCGGAGCCUGGACAGCAAGAUGGCCAAAAAGUGCCCAACAUGUGGGAAAGCCUACGUGUCCAUGCCAGCCCUGGCCAUGCACCUGCUUACCCAUGACCUCAAGCACAAGUGUGACAUAUGUGAGAAAGCGUUCAGCAGACCUUGGCUACUGCAGGGCCACAUGCGCUCUCACACGGGCGAGAAGCCCUUUGGAUGUGCACACUGUGGAAAAGCGUUCGCCGACCGUUCCAACCUGCGGGCGCACAUGCAGACCCACUCCGCAUUUAAGCAUUUCAAAUGCAAGCGAUGCAACAAAACUUUCGCGCUCAAGUCCUACCUGAACAAGCACUACGAGUCGGCGUGCUUUAAAGGUGCGUUCUCGCCGCUUGCAUCCGUCGAGUCGUGACUUCUGGUCUGUAAGUGCUCACUCCCCCAUCAAAUGUUAGGAUGAUUACACUAUCUUACCCAGUUAUGUCUCACAAUCAAAAUGAAACCCAAUAAUAGCACAAUUUUAUCUUUUUUUUUUUUUCUCGCAAAGUUGACCUUAAAGGAAUAUGGAACCUUCGCAUGCACUUCAGCACCCAUGUCCUCGAAUAACGUUCAGACAGUUCACCUCGGCGCUGCGCAGUACUUGACUAUGACUUGCAUCGAAUGAAGGUUUGAGUGACACCAUGUUCCUCAUUAAAAUAAAACUCUUUUGUAUUGUCAGUGGAUAUUAUCAUACUGCUGCAAGUGGCCCAAACGUAUUCACAAUCGAGGUA